AUUACUUCAGCCAGUACAAGCUUGAUACAGGCUGUUAGCAUGCUGCACUCAGCUGAUCCUGUGGCUGACGUCUCUAAAGGGCCACCAGUCACACACUCAAACCCAGCUUUAAGGUACAUUGUCCCGCCCCAUCCUACUACCAACGGCUGGGGCACUCAUGAUUGGUCGAUACAAACUGUGAUUGGCAGGAACAAGCUGUUAUAUGAUUGGUUGAUGCAACAAGUGACGUCCAGCGACUCCGCCUGCCAAUGUUAUGCGCUACAGCGGGACGGAAAAGAGAAGUCCUCUGGCGCCCUCUGGCGGACGAUUACAAACCCUGCAGUUUGUGGCCAUCGGUGUUUCUGCAGUCGGCACAGCGCCUGGCUGCAUUACAGCCGGUAUUGUUUGUAGUACAUGGUGCUGGAGUGGUGGGAAUGGAAAAAAAUAAGAAAUUUAAAAUUAAUCUGGACGAUUCUGCGUUCAACAGAGAAAGAAGUCCGGUGGCCUCUCUUUUCAAGCCCUCUUCCAAAGGAGGCAAUGCAGAGACCUCGACUACCCACAGUGCACCUCAAGCUGGCGGCCAGCCGCUAUCCUAUGCCGAGUUCGUUGUUCAGAGCAAAAGUAGAGCUAAAGAGAGACCUGGGCCACAAACAGGAGAUCUUCCUCAGGAUGUGCUUAGAGCUGCAGGACAGAGAUCUGACGUCGCUCUCGAUUGUGGAUCAGUCACAAAACCUUCCACAGACGCUGGGAAAACUCAGACUAGCACAAAAGGGAGAAGGAGUCCAGAGCCAACUAUAGCAAGAUCAGAAACCUCUGCGGUUCCAGGAAGGCUGGAGGAGGAUCUGGGACAAGGGCAGAAAAUGGACGAAGAUCAAAGCACAGAGGAAUGCACUGUUACACCACAGGCGAUAGGGUCAGGGAACAGCAUUAUCGUCAGCCCAAGACAGAGAGGAAACCCUAUUUUAAAGUUUGUCCGGAGUGUGCCGUGGGAGUUUGGAGAGGUGGUGCCUGACUAUGUCUUGGGUCGAACAACAUGCGCACUCUUUCUCAGUGUGCGCUACCAUACCCUGAACCCAAACUACAUCCAUGAGCGGCUGAAGCAGCUGGGCCAAGCAUUCACACUCCGAGUGCUGCUUGUGCAGGUUGAUGUGAAAGAUCCUCAUCAUGCACUGAAUGAUCUUGCUCGAAUCUGCAUCAUGGCUGACUGUACACUUAUCCUGGCCUGGAGCCCUGAGGAAGCUGGCCGUUACUUGGAGACGUAUAAAUCUUACGAGAAAAAGCCUGCAGAUCUGCUUAAAGAGCAAGUAGAGAAAGAUUACCUGUCUAAGGUUACUGAUUGUCUGACCACAGUGAAGUCCAUCAACAAAACUGACGCUAUUACACUGCUGUCCACAUUCUCUUCUUUGGGGGGCAUCAUUAAUGCAUCAAAGGAGGAGCUGGUGCUGUGUCCAGGACUUGGGCCACAAAAGGCGAGAAGACUGUAUGAUGUGCUUCACCAGCCCUUUCUGAAGUCUAAAAAGAAAGAAAGCACAUGAGACGCGGACUCCAAAAAGAAUCAUGCAUUCCAAAAAAAGGAGCCUCCCAUCUUUAAAUGCACAUCACAAGCCCAUAAAACCCCAUAGGAUUCUGAUGCUUACAACUCUGACUGCUUGAGUGCAGAGGAUGGAGGGCUGUGAGAGAUCUAUAGAGAUCUCUCUCACAUCAGGCCUUCUCUCUGGAUCUAAAAAAAAAAAAAAAGGCUCUAAGGAGAGUUUGAGUGCUCUUAUGAGCCUAAUGAUCUGUUUUAAUUUCAAAAUUAUGCAUCUGGAAAAAUAUAUUUUUAUAUAAUUCUGUGCAUUGAUACAAUAAAGAUAUAUUUUUGUA